AUGAGUGAAAGCGGAAAGAUAAGGGAUGCCUUCCCUCAAUACAAAUCAUUCGGAGCCAGCAAUGAAAUGUUGUUGAGGAAUAAGGUUUCAGAUUCUCUAGUAAAUGCAAAGUAUGGAUAUGACACAAAAAAUGAUCCGGAUUCAAACUAUGUUCCCCCAACAAGAUUUGGAAAAAUUGAAAGUAGUAAUGGCGCUGCCUCGGAUUGUAUUCAUCCUAAUGAACCUCCCCUUGUUUCGUAUUAUAAGGAGAAGAAGGAGGCCAUUUACAAGAGAGAACCAGUUGGCCAUUCCGCGAAACAUACUAAUUUUAUAAACAAUCAUGCUAAGGGUGAUUCGGUGUUUGGUAUUAAAACUGACUACUCUGAGAGUGCUAAGAAUAUUCUCUACCCAAUAGAUAGGUAUGAUCAAAAUGAAAUGGAGAAGGAAAGAAAUGAAUUGUACAAACUUUCUCAUCAAGCAUGGGAAGCUGGAGAACAAGUUAACAGGAAUUAUGUUUGGGAUAAAACUCCAAUAAGAGACCCAACACACUUUAGAUUUGGAAAGGUUUUGGAACCAGAAGUUGAUGGAGCAAAAAAGACAGUCUCUACUUAUUACCAAGCACCAACAGCUGGACAACUCGUACAUGAUGAGCCGGUUCCAAAUGAAGAUCCAUUGGAUGGAAAGGUGUUUGGAAUGACAAAUAAGCCUGACGAAUGGGGAUCAAUUGAUUGUAUUAGAGGGUAUGGCUAUGGAGUUGACCACAAUAUUGAUAAGGGAAUGAGAGCACCAUUCCUUCCUGGAACUGAACAUAUGACAUUUGGCAUUCAAAACAAGAAGGACAUUGGUGCAACUGAAACAUUAUCAUAUCGAACAACUGUUGAAGAAAGAGAUAAACCACUUCCAAAAGAUGAAUUGAAGGAAUAUGUGACUUUGAUUGUUGAAGAAGAAGGUGUAGACUUUGAGCUCGUUUAUGAGUAUGCCACUGAGCAAUGUGGAGGUGCAAACAUGUCAAUUAAUCAAUUCCUUGACAUAUUUAGACAAUUGUAUCUUUCUUGA